AUGCCGCGCCACGAGACGAUCCUGUACCACUUGGAACAGCAAGAGCUUCACAGGCAAGUGACGCUGAUCGUUCCCGAGGGCAUGGAUGCCACAAGACGAGUGAACUUUAUCUACGAGGACCAGGAAAUGACGGUCGCCAUUCCUGAGGGCUACGACAUCGGACAGCAGGUCACCGUACAGGUGCCCACGCGGAAGCGACCGCCCCUGGAGCGUAACUCCACCCAGGCCCGCUACACUUUCGAGCUGUUGGUUCCAUCUCCGAGAAGUUCUGACCCUUUCGUGCAGUUUGCUGGGCUGUUCCUUCUUCUCAACUGCGCUCUAGUCCUUUUAGAGCGGCUUUUUGAGGUUCCUCGCAUGUUGUUGGACUUUCUUUGUGGUGUUUCCGUUGGAACGGCGGUGCUCAGCAGGCAGCUAGCUCAGUGCGGAGCUGGCGAAGAAGAUGUACAUGGACGGCGAGAGGUCCAGAAGGAGGAGAAGCAGCAGGUUGGUGCCGAGCAUCCCGACGGCGAACAAGAGCAGGAGCAACAAGAAGAGAAGGAAAAAGCCGAGGACGAUUACCAGAACCAGCACGGCUUGACACUGGUCGGCUCCGAGUUGGGUCGACGGUGGCAAUACCAAUCGCCCAAAAUGGUGCCACUUCUUGAAGCGUGUCACGGAACACUUGGCGCCAACGGAAUGGCAGAGAAUGCUGUGGAUGUUGUGCGUUCCAGAGGAGCCCCACCUUCCGAGAUAGUCAAUGGCAGGCGGCUCAAGGCGAAGAUGGUGCCACUCGGUGAGCUCCUCUCUUUCGCAUACCAGACCAGACGUGCAAUUCCCAAUAUGCGUGCUCUGCGGCGUGUAUUCAGUUAUUUGGCCAGCGCCCCCGAGAUUGGGUUUGUGAUUCGGGGUGCCCGUGAUGAAGCAUGCUUUGGUCAUGCUGGGAAAGGUGGCCUGGUGAAAGGAGGCACCCUGAUCAUCGAAAGCAUCACGGACUCGGACUGGGCAGGCUGCCGCAAGGCGGAGCUUGGUCAGCGGCACAUGCGAGGCCAUGAGUUUAUUGGCGAUUGCACGACGGUGAAGAUGAGAAGACAGAGACGCAGCGGUGCAGAAGAGAGCCCUGCAAAAGCAAGCAAGGAGAUGGGCCCCCAUGGUGUCGACAUGUCCAAGAUCAAAGCCCUAGUCCCAGUCCUGGUGCUGAUGACGCAGGUUGUCAGUGUGGAAGGACACACGCGGGGCUUGGGCUUGGCUGUGGUCACGCCUGUCAUGGUAGAGAUCGAAGGACGACUUCAUGGCGCAGUGCUUGGCUACAGCAGCAGUGGGACUCGCAGACUCGCAGCAUGGAUCAUGGUGGCUUGGCUCCCCUUCGUCUUCUACAAGGCAAGGAAGAGAGGCUUCAUAGAGGAGUACGUGGAGCGCUGCAAGUUCGAGAACCUCCGGAGUCCGGACUCCGGAGCCGAAGGCAUCCUGAAGCGGUUGCCGACGUGUGGGCUAGGAGACAAUUUGAUGGGAGUUCUGACGGCGUCGGAUCCUGAAGAGGAGGGAUCCAAAGCCGAGGCGUUCCAUCGUGGCCACCAGCACCUGCCCGACAGACAGCUCGUCAUGGAGAACUUACGGCACUGCUGUCGUGUCACGACGUCGAUCUCGCUGGACCAUCCCGAGUACAAGACCCGUUACCAGCUCUAUGGGAUGCUGCAAGGUAAAAGCAUGACCCCGAUGCUGCCUGAGAUGCCCGAGGGGGAAGAACCUCAGGAUGGUGCUUUCUGA